AUGGGGUCCUCAACCAGAUCACGAAAAAGUCGAGACGAAAGUAGAGGUCGGGGUGCGCAGAACUUUAUCGUCGACGACUUGCUCUACCUGAUCCAAGUACUUGAGCAGGAGCGGCCGCUAAGAGGCAAAGAUUGGGAUAACGUCGUCCUAGCGUAUAAUAGUCCGGACGUAUAUGCUGCCUCCAAUGGGAGAUCCGAAAGAAAUACGAAAAGCCUUCGUUCCCAAUGGCGCAGGAUGCUUAACUACAGCAAGUCGGCUGAAGACCCAUCAUGUCCAGAAUAUGUGAGGAGAGCAAAAUGGCUUAACAAAUCUCUAAAGGAGGAACCAGAGAUGGAGACAAGUGAUGACGAUGAUCGAAGUGACGAUGAAGACUCGGAAGAGGAUGGUUUGAAGCAGGGGAAAUACAUGUGA